AUGGUUGCAGCAGCGGUAUCAGCAGAGAAUGCGGGCGUUUUUACUUCACCAGAGACGGCCAAGUCAUUUGAUUUUGCUAAUGAGGAGCGCAUAUACAAGUGGUGGGAGUCUCAAGGGUACUUCAAGCCGAGUUUUGAUAGGGGUAGUGAUCCUUUCGUAGUUCCAAUGCCGCCUCCUAAUGUUACUGGUUCUUUGCACAUGGGGCAUGCUAUGUUUGUCACUCUUGAGGAUAUUAUGGUAAGAUACCAUCGCAUGAAAGGAAGACCUACACUUUGGCUUCCCGGGACUGAUCAUGCUGGUAUUGCAACUCAGUUGGUUGUGGAGAGAAUGCUGGCAUCUGAAGGAAUACAGAGGGUUGAUUUGGGUAGAGAAGAGUUUGCAAAGCGAAUCUGGGAUUGGAAAGAGAAGUAUGGUGGAACCAUUACGAAUCAGAUUAAGAGACUUGGUGCUUCGUGUGAUUGGACUAGGGAACGAUUUACCCUGGAUGCAGAGCUGAGUCGAGCUGUUGUGGAGGCUUUUGUUAGGCUGCAUGAAAAAGGCCUAAUUUAUCAAGGUUCAUAUUUGGUUAAUUGGUCUCCUAAUUUGCAGACUGCUGUUUCUGACUUGGAAGUUGAAUAUUCUCAAGAACCUGGUGCUUUAUAUUACAUCAAGUACCGUGUAGCUGGAGGUUCGAGGAAUGAUUAUUUGACAAUUGCAACCACACGUCCAGAGACCUUAUUUGGUGAUACAGCUGUUGCUGUAAAUCCUGAGGAUGAACGUUAUUCUAAGUACAUCGGCAAGAUGGCUAUUGUUCCAUUGACGUUUGGACGGCAUGUUCCCAUCAUCUCGGACAAGUAUGUGGAUAAAGACUUUGGAACUGGUGUGUUGAAGAUAAGCCCUGGGCAUGAUCACAACGACUACCUUCUUGCUCGAAAACUUGGUCUUCCCAUACUUAAUGUGAUGAACAAGGACGCAACACUGAAUGAAGUUGCUGGGCUGUAUUGCGGUCUCGAUCGGUUUGAGGCACGAAAGAAACUAUGGUCAGAUCUUGAGGAGACAGGCUUGGCUGUUAAAAAGGAGGCCUACAAUCUGCGAGUUCCUAGAUCCCAACGUGGUGGAGAAAUAGUUGAGCCUCUCAUAAGUAAGCAGUGGUUUGUAACAAUGGAGCCCUUAGCUGAGAAGGCUCUCAAAGCGGUUGAAAAAGGAGAAUUGACUAUUAUGCCUGAGAGAUUUGAGAAGAUAUACAAGCAUUGGCUGUCAAAUAUCAAGGAUUGGUGUAUAAGUCGACAACUCUGGUGGGGACACCGAAUCCCCGUCUGGUACAUAGUUGGUAAGGAUUCUGAAGAGGAAUAUAUAGUUGCUAGGAAUGGAGCAGAAGCCCUUGAAAAAGCUCAAGAGAAGUAUGGAAAACAUGUUGAAAUAUAUCAGGAUCCCGAUGUUCUUGACACUUGGUUUUCGAGUGGGCUAUGGCCAUUCAGUACUCUUGGUUGGCCAGAUGUGUCGGCGGAAGAUUUCAAGCGGUUCUAUCCUACAUCAAUUCUUGAAACUGGGCACGACAUAUUGUUUUUCUGGGUUGCCAGAAUGGUGAUGAUGGGAAUUGAGUUUACUGGGACUGUUCCAUUUACAAAUGUGUAUCUGCAUGGACUUAUCCGUGACUCUCAAGGUCGAAAAAUGUCAAAAACAUUGGGGAAUGUUAUUGAUCCACUGGAUACAAUUCAAGAAUAUGGGACUGAUGCCUUACGCUUCACUCUAGCAUUAGGAACUCCUGGUCAGGAUCUAAAUUUAUCAGUUGAGAGGUUGGCCUCUAACAAGGCAUUCACUAACAAAUUGUGGAAUGCUGGCAAGUUUAUACUGCAAAAUUUGCCAAGCAAAAGCGAUUUAUCUUCUUGGGAAGCGUUGUCAAUUUAUAAGUUUGAUAUGGUGGAGUCUCUGCUCAAACUACCUUUGGCAGAACGUUGGGUGGUAUCCAAACUUCACAUUCUCAUUGACACAGUUACAUCAAGUUAUGACAAAUAUUUCUUUGGAGAUGUUGGAAGAGAACUAUAUGAUUUCUUUUGGGCUGAUUUUGCUGAUUGGUACAUUGAAGCCAGUAAAGCUCGCCUUUAUCACUCUGAAAGUCAGUCACGUGCUUCUGUAGCACAGUCUGUUCUCUUAUAUGUUUUUGGAAACAUUUUAAAGAUGUUACAUCCUUUUAUGCCAUUUGUCACAGAAGAGCUUUGGCAGGCACUACCUUCCCGGGAAGAAGCUCUCAUGGCAUCUGCUUGGCCAUUGACUUCACUUCCAAGGCAUGUUGAGUCAAUCAAGCAAUUUGAAAAUUUACAGGCUCUGACAAGAUCAAUCAGAAAUAUUCGGGCUGAAUACUCUGUUGAGCCCGCAAAGCGAAUAUCUGCAUCCAUUGUUGCAAGUUCAGAAGUAAUUGAAUAUAUAUCAAGAGAAAAAGAAGUUCUAGCUCUUCUUUGCAGGUUGGACCUGCAAAACAUGAUCUUUACGGAUUCUGCUCCAGGGAAUGCCAAUCAAUCUGUACAUAUAGUUGCCAGUGAGGGUCUGGAGGCAAACCUUCCACUUGCUGACAUGGUGGAUAUAUCUUCUGAAGUUGAGCGCCUUUCCAAGCGCCUUGUUAAAAUGCAAGCUGAAUAUGAUGGACUAAUGGCUCGUCUAAGUUCACCCAGUUUCGUAGAGAAAGCUCCAGAGCACAUUGUUCGUGGGGUUCAAGAAAAAGCAAGGGAAGCUGAAGAGAAGUUAAUGCUAACUAGAAAUCAGCUAGCUUUUCUUGAAUCCUCGGUCUUGGUUUCAAAAUGAUUCUUUUGCAUUUAGAGGAUGAUACGUUUAGAUACAGUCGGAAGAUCCAAUCAUGUUCUCUUCUCUCUAGCAGUGCUGGAUGCAUGCAUUUUGAUCCCAUGUCCUACAUUUUGAAGGCGUUUGAGUUCCCUACUUGGCUUCAAGACUUGCUAUAGUCUGACAGUUUUUCCCAUGGGAUUUCCAAUUACUGCAAGACUCUGUUUGGGCAGGAGAGUCAAGCAUCUUGUCAGAAAAAACAUCUAGUGUUGGUUGCGAUUCUGCGCUGCAUGGCCACCAAGAGGAAAGAAACCGCAGAGCCAUGACUGUAUAGCCAUUUUUUCUCUGGAAGUGCUACGCAGAUAGAACUUUACCUCUAGGUUUUGUAGCUAGAUGGAUCUCCAUAUGUUAUAGCAUUCACAGAGUUUCCUUCCCCCAGCAACCACUACCUAGAGAUAAAAGCAGAGACAGACCACUUUUUUCCCCCCUUUUUCCUUUAUAAUUUGUGGGGGCAAGGACUUUCUCAAGAUAUUCUGUUCAUUUUUCUUAUCAGGAAAUAUUUGAGUUAGGCAAUAGCAAAUCUUUCUUUUGUUGUGGCUGCUUA